CACUUCAUAUGUUUCAAUAAUGUAUAUGGGACUGCCUCCAUAAAAGCAUCCAUAUAGCUGGAACCCCAAGUUUGGUGCUGUUUUUGGUCCCCCAAAUAAUACUCCUUAAAUUCCAUAUAUCCUAAUUUCGAAUAUUUCCUCAGUAACCUAAAAUACCACUUCAAUUAUCAUACCUUCGUUUUUAAUACCCGAAACCAUGGAGGAUCGGGUUUUGAAGGAUUCGAAUUCGAACGUUACUCUGACAUCGAGCAAUACUAUAUUCUAGUAUAUAGUAUGGCUAUGGCUACCUACCUUGUUGUCUACUUAAACUAUGUACAUUAUGCCAUGACUACAAAGCACAACACAUAAUGCAACAACAACAAACAUUUCAACAAAUCAACAAAAACAACAGAAAACAGAGGCAUUGAGUGAUUUUACCUGUGAGAAAGAUAUGUUCAAGUCGGGAAGAUGGAAGGCCCAAAACAGCAAGAUCAAAGUCAUGUUCCAGUUGCAAUUUCAAGCAACACAGGUGCCAAAGGUGAAAGGAAAAGGGUUGAUGAUAUCUUUGAUCCCAGGGGAUAUUGGGAAGCCUACAGCGAAACUAGAGAAAGCUCCGGUUGUUGAAGGGACUUGUACAUGGGAAGAUCCUAUUUAUGAGAUGGUUAAAUUGGUUAAGAAUCAGAAAACCGAAACAUAUAAAGAGAAAAUUUAUUUCUUCAAUGUGCAAACGGGAUCUUCGAAAUCAGGUUUUAUUGGAGAAGUUGGGGUUGAUUUUGCUAAUUUUGCAGAGGCAACUGAACCUUUACAACUUUCUCUCCCCUUAACAGCUUCAGAGUCUGGUGCAAUUUUACAUGUGUUCAUCCAAAAGAUGCAACGAACGGAUGAACAGAGUUUCAGGGAGUCUGAAGAGAAUGAGUCUCUGAGGUCUGAAUCACUCAGAUUGAAGAAUCAAUUAAGUGAUAGCAGUGAAAACGGGAAUAUCCUUGAUUUUGCUGAAGAUACAACUGUUUCAAGGAACUCAAAACCUGUGAAUAAGAAGGUUGAAAAGCAUCAAAAACAAAGAUCAAGCACAGAUUGGUCAAUGGGUUCACUUUCAGAUAGAAGUAUGGCUGAUUUAAUAAACAGCCCAGAGCACAACAAUCAAAUUCAAAACAAUGAGGAUCAGAGACUUUAUGCUGAAGCAUCAAGAAAUGCAGUUGAAGUUUUGAAAAGUAAUGUUUCAAGGUUGGAAAGGCAAGUGGAAAUGUCAGAUUUGGAGUUGGAAUCUCUUCGUAAGCAAAUACUUAAAGAGAAUAAACGAGGACAAGAUCUGUUGAAGAAAGUAACUGAACUUCAGGAGGAGAAAGAAGCACUUGAAGAGGAAAAGAAAAAAGAUAUUGCUACAAUGAAGGAGUUGUAUGGUGAACUAGAGGUUGAAAAGAGGGAGAAAGAGGGGUUGAAGGUUCAUGUUGACGAUAUUACCCUCGAUUACAAGUUUUUAUUACAAGAGAAUGAAGACAUGUCUUUGAAAUUAGAGAAUGUGGAGAAUGAAUAUUCAAAUUCGUUAACCAUGGUUAAACAGUAUGAAAUCCAAGUGAAGAGAUUAGAGGAAAAGGUUAUGAAUCAAGCUUUGGAAAUUUCACAAUCUUUUGAUACGAUUAGUGAAUAUGAAACGCAUAUUAAGGGAUUAGAGAAAGAAUUGGAGAAACAAGGGCGUGAUUUUGAAGAUGAUGUGGAAGAUUUGAUGAAAUCCAAAUUAGAAACAGAUGAGGAUUUGAGAAACGCAAGGUUAGAAAAUCAAAGUUUGAAGCAACAGAUGAGAGAAAUGCAAGAAGCAGUUGAGAACUCAAAUGUAGAGCUUUCGUUGAUGAAAAGUACACACAAGAAAGAAGUAGAGAAGCUUUGUGAUCAAAUGAAUAUGCAAGAAGAACAGAUUAAGGAAAUGUUAUUAGAGCUUGAAAAAGUUGGAGAAAGAGAAGUAAUGGUGAUGGAAUUUGGGUCUUUAAAGAUGGAAACAGAAAAACUACAGAAGGAGUCGACAAAUUGGACAAGUUUGAUGAGUGAAAAGAAUGUUAUGAUUAGAACUUUGCAAUCAGAACUUAAAAUGCUAAGAGAUGAUUACAAUGAGUUGCAAAAAAGAUUAUUGGGAAUUGAGUCAGAGAAAGUCAACUUAAGGAAAGAAGUUUCUAAAUUAGAGCAUAACUUAAGGAAGAAGGAAGAUCAGCCAAAACAUCUGAAACUAUUCCAGGAAAGUAAAGUAGAUUGUGAUGUGAGCACUAGCAAACAUGAUGAGCAGAAGGUGAACAAAUUAUUAAGUGAAAUAUCAUCAUUGGAUGAAAAGAACAAACAUAUGGAAAGUGAGCUGAAAGAGAUGCAGGAAAAAUAUACAGAAAUAAGUCUUAGAUUUGCUGAGGUGGAAGGUGAAAGACAACAACUGGUAAUGACUUUGAGAAAUAUUCGAAAUGGUAAGAAGAAAUAGGACUACAGUAGAUAAUAAUAAUAACUGUAACAUACUCUGUGGGGUUUUACUUUUACCUCAACAUUACAAUCUUCUUUUCAGAGUUUGAUCAGUCUUAUCACUCCAAAUUAGCUUGCUUUGGCCCUUGAUUCCAUCUGUAGCAAAAGUUAGCUUCUGUAACAAAGUAAAAGAAUUUCAUGUUAAGAUUUAUACGCAUUAGAAGUAUGAAUAUUAGAAUAUUAGAAGUAUGAAUAAAAAUAACAAACCCUUUUUGCUCUCUUGUCAAUUGGUGUCCAUGUUUGUGGCAGUGAAGGUGAUGAUGACUUUACAGGUUUUGAUGAAUUUGAUAAUUGAAUUGUUCCCUUUUGUUUGUGUUCCAUGUUUUGCAUGUUGCUUUUGCUGUUGCUGUUGCUUUUGUACCUAUAAAAGUCAAGUAUAGAUGGACUUUUUCUCUUUCUAAACUUUGAUGAAUUCCCUGAGUGUCCAAAACAAGGAGCAGAUGAAAUUAAUGGAAGAGAUUGCUGACGAAUCCUGCUCUUUUCCUUAAUUCUGUUUAAAAAAUCUAUAGUCCAUGGUGACCCUUUCUGUGGUUGAGCUGAUGAAAUAGCUUUUGAUAAUGGUGUCUCAUCAUUCUUACAUUCUCCCUUCUCUUUACAAAAAUUCAUUGGAGAAUUCACUAUUGAGGAAGCUUUUAAAUCUGUUUGUGAAUUCAGUGUAAUCUCAGCAGCUGUAGGAAAACUAGGAAGACUCCACCAAUCAUUUUUUCUAGUUCCAUAAUUGUCUGGAGCACUUCUUGUUGGAAAAGAUAUAGUGUGCCCAAAGGUGAAGUCCUCACCUGCCAUGUCAUCAUCACUAAUGUCAAUAACUUGACCUUUAUACCCUUCUUGCAGACCUUUAGAUCUCUGUUUUUCACCAAAAUACAUCUCAUCAAAGUCCAUGUUGAUUUUUGGAGUAUCCCACGUAACAUCAUUAAAUGAGUAAUCCAUGGGCAUGUCAAUGUACUUUCUUUUCUUUGACUCAUGGUCAAUUUUAGGACAACAAUGUCCAGAAUCAUGUCCAGAAGAAACUGAAGAACAGCAAUCUGUCAUUCCUGAUUUAGAAUCUUCUCUUUCUCCAUAUUUACACAAAGCAGUGAACAAUAUGAUGCUUGAUUCAGGAACAAGGUAUUUUUUUACAGCACAAACCCUUUGCUGAUGUGGCAUUUCAAGAAACUGAAUGAGUGAUCCGACUGAUGAGAGUAUUGCAUGAGCUGAGAGGGGAUUAACCGAAGGGAAUCUGGAUAGAAAUGAUUCAGCUAAUGUUUCUGAUUCAGGCAUUUUGGGAUAUAGACCUUUAGUUGACUUUACAGCAUGUGAAAUACAGUUGACUAUUAUCUCAUCAGUUGUAUCACAUGAAUAUGAACAAAAGAGUUGUAAGUCAAUUCCUAGACUUGCUGCAGCUACAUAUAAUUCAGCUGAUGAUUCCAU